AUGCCGUUCGGCGAGACCAUCGCGGUCAUUGAUAAGUCUGGGCAGGUCGUCAGCACGAGCAAACACUUGUUCGGUGUCUUCAGCCAUGCCAAAAACGCUUACCGCGAGCGCAAGGCUCAAGUUCAAGCCGAGCGGAAUUUGAAGAUCGCAGAGAAAAUUGCUGAGCGAGAAGCACUGAGGGCGCUUCAGAACUAUACUAUUGAAGAUGCCCCAUCUGUCGCGUCCUCGCAGAGGAGUCGUUCGCGACAUCAUCGCCAUCAUCAUCAUCAUCAUCAUUCGAGUCGAAGCCAAUAUCAAUACGACCGCCCCCGCGGCGGAUCGGUCUACGAAGAGGAUCUACACUCUUCCGCGUCGCGUGCGCGGUCUCACUACGAGCCUCCAACUGAAAUGGUCCGGCGUCACACUCAUCAUGAUAUUACCAUUCGAGAACCGGACGCUCGCCCUGUUACUGCUCGCUCCAAAUCCGACGCGCAUAUAGAUAUGGACCUAGCCUAUGGCGAGUUCCACCCAUCCGCCAUAGCUCCGCGAGGAUCUCCACAAGAUCAGCAGCUUCAGUCGAUCGACGAUCCCGAACUGAACGGCCUUGUAAGCCGCGCACAGUGGUUAUUGGAGGAGGCCAACUGCGUCCAGCACACCGCGACAGCCACCAUCGACCAUCUUCAAAAGAACCCAGAUGCUAUGGCAGCGGUGGCGCUUACUCUUGCGGAAAUCAGCAACGUUGCUGGCAAGAUGGCGCCGUCGGCGCUCACAAUGCUGAAAACCUCAGCGCCAAUGAUUUGGGCUUUACUCGCCAGCCCGCAGUUUUUGAUUGCCGCUGGUGUCGGCCUCACAGCCACGAUCGUUAUGUUCGGCGGCUACAAGAUUGUCAAGCAGCUACAACAGCCUUCGCGUGCUCUGCGUGAAGAAGUAUUCGAAGAACAAUCCGACCCCAGACAAAUGGACGAGAUGAUUGAAUUCAACACCGACUGCCUCAACUCCGUGGAGAUGUGGCGACGAGGUGUAGCAGACGCAGAGGCCGAGAGCGUUGCAACCGUGGACGGCGAGUUCAUCACGCCCAGGGCUGCCGCAAUGUCCGGCAUCGACAUAACCACCGCCCGCAUGUCCCGGGACCCCCGCUUCAAGUUCGACGAUGAUGAUUCCGUUGCAUCUUCCCGCCGGUCCCACCGUUCCCGCCAUUCUCGAUCUACGCACAGUCACAGCCAUGCCCCAACCAAAGUGGAUACGAGGGCAGAAUCGAUCUUUUCAAGACGCACUAAGGCCGCUCCUUCCAAAGCCCCGUCAAAGGCGCCCUCGAAGGCUCCCUCAAGGGCUCCCUCAACAUCCGAGUCGCGAUAUUCCGACAAAGACAAGAGCAAGAAACCCAAGGAAAAGGUGAAACGGUCUAGUCGCCUGCGCCUGAUGUUCACUGCUUGAUAGACCCAGCUCGAUCGAUUUCCUGACAUUCAUUGUACAUAAUGACUACCUGCUCGACUCCGAUACCACCUUGCAUACGUUUACGACCUCUUAAUAGGUACCGACAGACGGGCUAUCACCACUAUACAGCCUUCACCAUUAUCAGUACGACUUUUCCUGCGCAACAUCUCGGCACUAAACCUACACCGGCAUUUUCUCGCUUCUUCUAGUUAGCAUUUUCAGUCACUUGCAAGCUUUUUUCUAUCGGCGUUGGCACGGAUACAACACUCCUUUGCAUCAUAGAUUU